AUGGGACCUCCUCCUCCCGUCACCGACGUAUUUUUCCAUGAUGCUUUCGACACACAUUGUGCAUUCACCACGCGCCCCCAGUACAAGGACGCUGUCCCUGCCGCCACACUACCAGAUCUCGUGCAGAGUCUCCCUGUUCACACACCGCCUGCAUACAACGAGCCCGCAUGCCCCAGUAUGAACACUCUUGUCGGUGGGGCUUUGGCCCCGGUACCCAGUUCUCCAACUCGCCGACUUUCCAAGAUUGGUCCAGAUCUGCGGCUGCCGYCCUUCAAAGCACUCGGCAUCGCAGCGUCACACCCGGCGCGAUUGAGUAGUUUGGGCGACAGUCCUCCACCCGUGGGUCUCGGACUAGGCCUUGACGGAACACUUGACCGCCAAACGAGGAGAGAGGCUGAAUCCGACCUUCUCGCAGCAUACAAUACAAGCCAUUUGACGUUUUCUGACACUGGCAUUGGUAUCAGGGAGUCGAGGGUGGUUCCUGGGUGUGCUGUCGCAUCUUCUCUCGUGCACGAUGUGGCAACACUUACGCCGCCAGCGGAGAAUCUUCACAUCGAUUGGGAGCCCAUCCCAGGACUUCACGAGGGAGCUGCGGAUUCCCAUUCUGUGGAGACCGGAAUCCAAGGCAGGCCGCCCACUGAAGAUGCCUCGACAGCCGGCGCGAGUCUGCCGUUGCAGCGGACUGAGGGUAGUUCGAGUGUCGAGGCGGUGCGAUCCUGCAUCGAUGGUGCUUUGGACGUAAUUCUCGACGAUCUGCGUCGGACGAACGUGCCGAAUAAUCCUUUGCGUGUGCUCUCACACGCUCUUCCCAGCCCUUCUCCCACCGGACACUUGUACUCAACCAUCAUUGAUGCCAUCCACAAUACGACCCCUGCAAGUCCCACUAUCUGGAUYAACGUCUUUCACGCAAUUCAAGGUCGAUUUARUCUGGYCGAUCUGCCCACCUCACCCCCUAGCACACCAGCGCCUCUAAACACACCAGGAACGGACGACUACUUUACCCAGAAAGUCUUUGACAGUGCCGUGCCGAUCUCAGAUUACCAGGAGGAUCUCUCCUCGCUACCUCGGUCGCCGCGUCCGAUCGUACCUCCUUGUUCAAUCAACAUUUCCGUAGUGGAGCGCUACAUUCCUCCUACAAGUUCACACGAGUUUAUGCACAUGUUCAACCCGAAUGGCCCCUCGGUUCUGGUCGAUCGUCUCGUUGAACUGUCGCCCAAUAACGGCACACUUCUAUUCAUAUAUCCUACCAAGACCGGUGCUCAGACAUUCAUGCGCGACUAUCUCGGACCUAUCUUGGAUCCACUCUUGAGGUCCAUUGUCGUGGUCAAUGGUCUGUCCUCUGAUCUGAGCAUGACUCUUGGAAACAUGGCAGCGGUCGGUCAGUUGCCGGACUAUGAGCAUUUGAAACGCCAGAUGGUAGCGCUGUGUGCUAAGCUCGCGCCUCGUACCAAUGUAACCAGGGCAAAGUACUCCUUGGUGCACGCUUCGAAAGAGGAGGUAUUCCUCAGCCGUGAGGUAUGGGCCAAAGACUGGUGGGCAAAGCAGGAGAAGCCCCGCAUAAGAGAAGCGAUGACUAGAUUCGCGCAAGAGGCGCAGAAGAAGAGCAGCAAUGAGCACGUUGAGAGAUCGCCUACACCUACGGAACUGAUCCAGCAACUGUUGGAGGGUGUAUGCAAGAAGUCAUAUCCGCCAGGACUGGAGCCGGCGAACGGGAUUGAGGUUAGUGUUUUUGUGAUCAAGCGAUCGGAUUAG